AUGCUUGGCACUUUAGUUCAGAUCAUCUCCAAGACUGACCUCAUCAAAUACAUGCUCACUCGGCCGAUCAUACGCGGCCGAAUCGGGAAGUGGACGAUGGCAUUGUCCGAAUUCACCUUCCAAUAUGUGAAUUUAACCGUGUAUUAUGUGACGUCGGUCAAAGGUCAGGCAUUGGCCGAUUUCUUGGCCCACCACCCCGCUCAGGGGCAGGAAGAAGAGUUGGAGGUCAAGAUCGGCAUGGCUCGCAUGGAGAAGAACUACUGGACCAUGUACUUCGAUGGCUCCAGUACCGAGACCAGAUCUGGGGCCGGGGUCGUGAUCGAGUCCCCCCAAGGACAAAGGUGGCAAUAUGCGUUCCAACUUGAUUUCAAAUGCACCAAUAAUCAGGCCGAAUAUGAAGCGCUCAUCAUUGGUCUUGAAAUUCUAAAAGAAAUGAAGGCAACCCGUGUCCUGGUCUACGCCAACGAGUUUUCUAGGAUCUCCUUCGUUCACAUGCCGCGCGUCGAACACCAUGAGGCCAAUGAGAUGGCCCAGGUAGCGUCAGGUGUGAACAUUCCGGACAACGACCACGACCGUGUGAUAAGAAUCGAGAAGCGUACCCUGUCGGCUUUGGCCGAGCGAGGAAUGAUGACGCAAGUAUCAUCGGUCGAAAUUACCGACGAGGUCGAAACGGCUGAAGGCGACUGGCGCUACCCCAUAAUAAAGUAUCUGCGCGAUCCCUCCAGCAACCAUGAAAGGACUACUCGUUUCCGAGCUCGGUGUUAUUUGAUUUAUCAAAACAAGCUGUAUCGAAAAGGAUCAAACGGCUAUGCCCCAGCGCCGAAGAUAUUAAGGUUGUCAUGA